UUCAUUUUCCAUACUAUUUACAUCAGAACCUAAUGAUUUUCUUUCUCUAUUUUAGACUUUUUCCUGCGUUACUUUUUUUUAUAAUUCCUUUAAAUUUUUUAAAGAUUUACCUAUUCCAACAAAUUUGCUUUAAAAAUGUACAAAAAACUGAGCAAUUCAAAUCAAAAAAUAUCUCCAACUUUAUUACUUCAGACAAUUCAAUUUUUAAGUCGAACUAUUUUUAAUGAAAUUAGAAAUAAUAAAGAAAAUAAAUAUUUAAUUUUUGAUAAUAAUUUAUUGUCUUUGUAUAUGCAAAGUAUGAUUAUAACUGCCAAAAUGGAGUCUGUUGGAAUUAAAUUAGAUAGAAGAAAAGCAGGCAAAAUGGUUUCUUAUAUUUUGGAGAAAAUGGUUUUUAUUGAAGGGGAAAUAUAUAAAUUGGCUGGGGAACGAUUUAAUUUAGAUUCGGCAUCCGAACUUUCAAAAAUUCUCUUCAUAAAAUUACAAUUAAAUUUGCCUGAACAUAUAAUUACAAAUAAUAAUUGUAAAACUCGUAAAAGACAUCGAAGACAUUUUCCAACAAACGCUUCUGUAUUAAAACAAAUAAAUCAUCCAAUUUGUGUAAAAAUAGAAAAAUGGAGAAGAAUGGCAAAUGCUCUUUCUUGUUUGAGAAGUCUUCUCGCUUCUGUUUCAAGUGGAGAUUCUCGUAUAUAUACUCAUUUUGAAAAUAUUGGAACAAUAACUGGAAGAGUUUGUUGUUUUUCUCCAAAUUUACAAUUUAUAUCGAAAAAGUCUUUAUUUGAUGAAAAAACAGCAAUUUCUGUUCGUUCAAUUUUUGUUGUGCCGAAUGGUCGAAUACUUUUGGCUGUUGAUUAUUCCCAAUUAGAAUUGAGAAUUCUUUGUGCUCUUUCUGAAGAUUUAGAAUUGGCAAAAAUGUUAAAAGAAGAAGAUCCUUUUGAACGUAUUUCUAUUGAAUUUGGGAGGUCUAUUAAUUCAAAGAAUAAUGAAAAAGGAAAUAAUGAAAUUGUUGGUAUUGGACGUGAAAAAGCAAAACAACUUUGUUAUGCAAUAAUUUAUGGAAUGGGUGCUACAACUUUAGGAAAUGAAUUAAAAAUUCAAACAGAAGAAGCACAAUUAUUAAUUGAUGGAUUUUUUAAGCUAUUUCCAAAAGUAAAAUAUUGGAUAAAUAAAAAUAUAGAAAAAAGUAAAGAAAGUGGUUAUUCUACAACAUUUUUUGGUAAUAAACACAAUUUUAAUUGGGAAAAGGAUAAAGAAAAAGUAUCUGCACAAAAUGCUUUGGAGAGACGUUGUGUUAAUUUUGGAACAGCUUCGGAAUUAUUUAGACAAGCAAUGAUUAAAGUUGAUGAAAAAUUAAAAGAAAUUCCAAAUGCCUAUAUUGUUAUGCAAUUACAUGAUGAAUUACUUAUUGAAGUAGAUGAAAGUUGUUUGGAAAAAUGUGCUUUAACAGUUAAAGAAUGUAUGGAAGAAAUUAAUUUAAAUAAAUCAACAAAAGAAGAAACAAAUAAUUUUUUUGUUAAUUUUCCUGUAAAAUUAUCUAUUGGGCGGGAUUGGGGGUCUUUAACAAAAUUAGAGGCAUCUUUAAUUUUAUAA